AUGCAUGGAGCCGGCGAACAACAGCAGCAGCAAAAUGGGCAACAUCAUCGUUACAGAUUGGCGAUUCGCAUGGAUGAGCAACAACAACCAACCGCGUCUUCUCGGCAGCAUCCUCGACAUGCGAACCCAAGUUCCCUGCAGACCAGUAUGAUGUGCACACCCACAAGUGCUACAGCAACUAUUUCUGGGAACACCGGAGGCCAGCGAUUCCAGCCAAAACGUAUUGGGGAUCCCAUAAAGCUAGGAAACAGUAUCUUGGAACCUGCUGGUACUCUAGUUUUUCAUAAAGACAAACAUGGGAUUCCAAGUGGCAAUAAAAAAGCACUAUUAUCCUUGUCUGAGAAAAAAAGGUUGAGACGCAGAGAAAAAAAGCAUUUUUAUAAGAGAGUUUUUCAGGUCGUAGCAAAUCUUUUUUCGAUUGGUCCAUCUCCAGUGUUGGCUCUGCCACCGGUACAAAUACAAAAUGGAAAUUGGUAUGCCAUAUCUCAAAAUCAACCGUCCACUAGCAGUGCCAGCAACGUAAUUAGCUUGGUUCCGCUGAGUAACAAUCAUCCGCCAGCAACGUCAUCUGCAACUCCUGACUCUGGAAUUCAAAGUGUUCCCACAUCACCGCCUAGUCCAACUUGUGGAUUCCUCAACGAUCGAAAAUCGGAAACAGUUCAACAGAAGCAAAAAGAACAAGAAGAUGAUGAUGAUUUCGAAGAUUUUGCGGAUAUGCCAACGUUGAAACCAGUAGACGAAGAAGAUUUUGAAUAUGAUUUGCCGUCCACCAGUUCUGGACCUUGCUUAACAGACAUAAACAAGACAGUACCAAAUCCAGUUCAUUCGACAACAUCAACGCCUCUGCCGACACAAGAAGAUUUAGCAAAUGGAGUGAAUGCUGAGGAGAUUUUAUCUUUUGCUCCAAAUAUGGACUCAGACGAGAUUGUGCGAAGAAUAUUGACGUUUGCUCCAGAGAAAGCCGAUUCAAUCGCCAUGCUCAUCAAAAAACGUUCUGCCGAAGGAACGAAGAAGAAGAAGAAGGACAUGGAAGCAGAAGUUUCAUCUACAACACCCACCACACCACGUGUCCGUGGCUCGAGACGCAAAAGCACGUUCGUUGGAAGAAGCACCAAUUCGCCGGAUGUGACAACGAGCAACUUGCCACCAGAACCUAGUACCUCUUCUAUGUCAGAAGAAACUGACGAGACGGAGAAGGCAGAAGGAAAGCGGAGAGGGAGAAAGCCCAAAAGAAAACGAGUUAUUCAAAGGGACGAGUCCAAAGAUGUAGAAGUCGAUGUAAAAAAGGCCAAGUGUGAACAACAGGAGCAUCCAGAAACGUGCGAUACUGUGGAAACAACAUCCCCGUCCCGUCCAGAGUCAGCUGCUAGCACGACAGUAGAUCCGGUCCAAUUUCGUUUGAAAAUUCGCGAAAUGAUGGAAAGACAAUUGGAGCAGUUGACUCAAAAAAUGAGCGAUGAUAUGACAGAGUUGCGUUUGGGGCAUUCAACUUCUUUAAAAAUUGGUGUUGGAAAAAGGAAAGAAUCUUUCCUUCGACAACUCAACGAACAAAGCAGGAAGUUGCGGAAGUCAGGUGUUCCGACAGCGAAGCGGAUGCGAAUGUUUGCUACAGACUUGAAGGAUGACGUAGAAGGGGAUUCAUCAGAUGCGAAGAAGGAAUUUAAAGAAUCAAUACAUUUCAAAAUGAGGAGCAGAGUACCGUCUAGACGUUUGAACGCGGAAGAAACUCCAGAAUAUUCAAAUGUUGAGGAGAAAUUCAACGGCGAAUACAAUGAAAUCACAAGAAGCGUUCCUUGGUCAGAAGAUAUUGUUUCUAUUUGGAAAGCUCCAAGUUUAGCAUGUGGAUGUACAAAAGGAGCUUGCACGUCGGAUAUGGAAUGCCUCAAUAGGGCUCUUCGAAUUCAAUGCAGCAAGGAGUGUACGUUGUCAUACUGUUCGAAUCGUCGUUUUUGGAAAGAAGAUUGUGAUCAGAAGUUGCGUGUUUCAAAUCGCUCCGAAGAUACUAUUAAAACUAAAACUGCUAGAAAAGCAGGAGAGUUUUUAUGCGAAUAUGCGGGAGAAGUGAUUACCUAUGAAGAAGCCCGUUCGCGGUUUAUCAAAAAUCAGGAUGCCAGAAUAAUAGCUAUUGGGCCGCAGCUGUUUGUCGAUGCUACCAGUCGUGGGAAUCUUGCUCGUUUCAUAAAGCAUUCCUGCACACCGAACACUCGUGUGGAAAUUUGGUCGGUCAAUGGAUCAUACAAAGCAGGAAUUUUCUGUCUUGCUGAUUUAUCAUCCAACGUUGAGAUAACUAUGGACAAAAGUGGUUUAUUGCCUUUCGAUAUAUCAUGCAACUGCUCAUCACCAAACUGUAAGAAGAUCGUUCGAGGCAUGAGACGUGCUAUAAUUGCAUCAGCAGAAGAUACGACCACAAUAGAAACUCGAAGGUUUUUACAACGCAACCGUAGAAAGACGAUCAGAAGUUCUCGAAAAUUCGGAAUCCCAUCUAUUCUUCUAUCUACUGAUUCAUCACUCGUAUUGCAAAUGAAGCAGACUUUGGCUGCUUUCUCGUAUCGAGCUCGGACAAUAGGCGGUUCAAUGCCACUAUCAAUGAUCUCCUUUUAUUCGUCUAUCAAGAAAUGGUUGGAGGUGAAUUCAAGCAAUCCGGAUCCGGCCGAAUUCAUUUCACUUCUUCACAAAUGGAUCGCUGCCGCUGGAGACGAAGAUUUGGAAAGAUCAUUCAUUGCUAUUGAAUCUCACUACUUGCCAUCAUCUUUGUUAUCAUCAACACAGCAACCAAAAAAAUCGAUAGACAAUGCUUCAAAAGCUAAGAUAGCUUCUACUUCUUGUGUAUCACCUGUUCCAUCGAAACGCGGUGACGCCGAUCUAUCAUAUUUGGAGUCAGAAUUUCCGAUUGGAUCUUAUGACCCGGAUGAUGCAUGGGAGACAUACCAGGCGAAAUCUCGUGACAAUGCCGUCCGUUGUACUUGUGGUGCUCUUGAUGAAGACGGAGAAAUGGUUCAAUGCGAUAAGUGUCACUUUUGGCUUCAUAUCGAUUGUUGUCAAUACUCCAUCAAAGAUGAAAAGGAUUACAUCUGUGAAUUCUGUUCGAAAACAGGAGAGGAUUGUCUCAAACGGCCUGUGGCUGAUAUCAAAUUGCUGCAGCAACCGGAAGUGCGGUUUGAAAAUUGCGUUUAUUAUCGAUCACUGAUGAACCGUCGUGGGAUUCAAGUUCGUCUCAAUGAAACUGUCUAUGUCAACAGAGUGUUUCCCGAUGACCAUAAAGUUAUGCUCCGUAGUUUACGCGAAGAAAAGAAAGGAGCCAAACAUAAGGAUCCAAACAAGUACCGGUUCCCAGAAGCUCCUACUGAGAAACUCGUCACAAUGAACGUAGAAAGAAAAGAUGCUCGCAUAUUUCGUGUUGAACGCCUGUUCGUCUGUCCUGGAAAUAACCGCUUCGUCUUCGGAUCUUUCUAUGCAUGGCCUCAUGAAACUUUUGCCGACACCGGCAAAGUGUUCAGCAGAAGAGAAGUGUUUGCCACAUCAUACUAUGAGACUUUGCCUCUUGAUGAAGUGAUUGGGCGGUGCUUGGUCGUGGAUGUACCAACAUGGAUGAAAGGAAGACCCAAAGUACCGAAGUUCAAGGAAGAGGAUGUUUAUCACUGUGACAUGCAAAUUGGAAAAAAUCAAAGAGUCUUCGAGAAAGUCCCACCUAAAAACAGAUAUCCUAUCAACACACAGCCCUACGUUUUCGAAGAGUUUACAACGCCGAAAAAAGUCGUUAAAGAUUUCAGACCGUACGACUCGUCAAAUCAUUCCCCAAAAACUGCGAAAGCUGCUGUAACUUCCAAUUCUUCUUCAACUACCGUUUCUUCUAAAACCACGUCUUCAGAAUCUCUGCACGAUGUGAACAUGAAGCGAAUCUCUGAAAAGAAAAUCGAAAAAGUUCUGAACCGCCUUGUUUCUUUAAAUUCUAAAAAAACUUAG